AUGAACGUGAACUCGUUGUUCGCCGUCACUGCACCACCGCGCAUCCACACCAACCUCUUCUCAUCGCUGUCCGGCUCGUCACCAAACCAUCAUCAGCGGCAUCACCAUUUCCGGACCGCGAAGAUGGCCGACGAAGUCAGCAUCGACAAGGCGCAGUUCCACAAUCGACUGUCGUCGCUGAUUACUGCCUGGAAGAACGACAAACGCAGUGGCAACAAUGUCUACGGUGAUGUCGGCAGCAUCGUUGUGUGCAUGGGCAAGAGCGAUGAGGCGGCAGGAUUUCACAAGGCGAACGGUCUGCAGUUCUGGCUGCUGGGCUAUGAGUUCCCAGCUACGCUCUUCCUAAUUACCCUCGAGGCCAUGUACAUCGUCACUACGAAGAAGAAGGCGGCAUACUUGGAGGUGCUAAAGGAUGGCAAAACACCGGUCGAAAUCAUCGUGCGGGGCAAGGAUGCCGAAGAGAACGCAAAGCAGUUCGAGAAGAUCAACGAGACCAUCAAAUCUGCGGGCAAGAAGGUCGGUACAUUGCCAAAAGAGCAGUCGGGUGGCCCUUUCGUCACGGAGUGGAAGAGCGCGUUCAGCGAGAUUGGCAAAGAUGUGGAAGAGUACGACAUCAGCACGGCCUUGUCCACAGCAAUGGCCAUCAAGGACGAGAACGAAUUGCGAUCGAUCAGGAAUGCGUCCAGUGCUUCGGCCUACCUCAUGCGAGAGUACUUUGUCGAGACCAUGUCCGACAUCUUGGACAAGGAGAAGAAGAUUACACACAAGGCAUUUGCAAACAAAGUGUCAAACAAGCUCGAUGAUGACAAGUUCUUCCGAGCCAUGAAGGGCGUGGGCAAGUUCGACUCGCAGCAGCUGGACUGGAGCAUUUCGCCGACAGUGCAGAGUGGUGGCAACUUUGACCUGAAGCUGCAGGCCGAGCCGGACGAUAACAACUUGCACCAGCCUGGUGUCAUUCUCUCCGCCUUUGGGCUGCGAUAUCAGACCUAUGCAUCUCAGCUGGCUCGUACAUACCUCGUGGAACCGAACAAGACGCAGGAGAGUAUGUACAAGCUCCUUUUGAGUGUACACGAGACAGUCAUCAAGGAGUUGCGCGACGGUGUACUUGCGAAAGACGUUUACCAAAAGGCCGUCGCCGUUAUCAAGGCCAAGAAGCCGGAACUCGUGGAGAAUUUUGUCAAGAGUGUUGGCUCUGGUAUCGGCAUCGAGGCUAAGGAUCCAACUCUGAGCCUCAACGGGAAGAACGUCCGCCAGCUUAAGGACGGCAUGACUUUCUCCAUCACUACAGGCUUCUCCAAUCUUGAGAACCCCAAUGCGAAAGACAAGAAGCGCGAGGGCACAUACUCUCUUCUCCUUAGCGACACAGUGCGUAUCACGAGUGGUGGUGAAGCGUACUGCUUCACAAAAGAUGCACCACGCGACAUGGAGAGCGCUUCUUUCUUCUUCAACGAUGAAGAGGAGGAAGAGAAGAAGCCAAAGCCGAAAAAGGACUCUCGCGUCGGAGCUGUGGCAUCCUCGAACAUCACCAAGACGCGCCUGAGAGCACAAGGUGGAAGCACACAGAAUGAAGAGAAGGAGGCUGCGCGGAGGGAGCAUCAGAAGGAGCUUCACACCAAGAAACAACAGGAGGGUCUCGAGAUGUACCAGAAAGGCCACGGAAACUUGAACGGCGUUCAAGAAAAGAAGUUCAAGCGUUUCGAAUCGUAUAAGCGCGUGGAGUCUUUGCCGCCUCGCGUCAAGGACCUCACGAUCCUGGUUGACGCAAAGAACUACUCCAUCAUUCUUCCGAUCAUGGGUCGCCCGGUGCCUUUCCACAUCAACACAAUCAAGAAUGCAACCACCAGCACCGAAGGUGGCUUCACAUACCUCCGCAUCAACUUCCUAUCGCCAGGCCAGGGUGUGGGCAGAAAGGAUGACCAGCCAUUUGAGGACCCGACUGCACAAUUUAUUCGUUCCCUUACAUUCCGAAAUAAGGAUGCGGAUCGUAUGGAAGACGUGCGAGAGCAGCUGACAGAAAUGAAGAAAGCGUCUGUCCGCAAGGAGCAAGAGAAGAAGGACAUGGAAGACGUAGUGGAGCAAGACAAGCUCGUCGAGAUCCGCAACCGUCGCCCAUUUCGCCUGGACAACAUUUACAUGCGCCCUGCUAUGGAGAGCAAGCGCAUUGGUGGCGCUGUCGAGAUCCAUCAAAACGGUCUGCGUUACAACCAUCUUGGAAACCAGAAGAUUGAUAUACUUUUCUCGAACGUCAAGCACCUCUUCUUCCAGCCGUGUGCCGGCGAGCUGAUCGUUAUCAUUCACGUCCAUCUCAUCAAUCCCAUCAUUAUUGGAAAGAGAAAGACGAAGGAUGUGCAGUUCUACCGCGAAGCUACUGAGAUGCAAUUCGACGAGACGGGAAACCGCAAGCGUAAGCAUCGCUAUGGCGAUGAGGAAGAAUUUGAGGCUGAGCAAGAGGAGAAGCGACGACGGGCUGCGCUCGACAAGGAGUUCAAGCAGUUUGCUGAGAAGAUUGCGGACGCCGGGAAGGGCGAAGGUAUCUCGGUCGACAUGCCUUUCCGUGAUUUGGGCUUCAACGGUGUGCCCAGCAGAUCGUCUGUCAUGAUCCAACCUACUACCGACUGCUUGGUGCAGCUGACCGAGCCGCCCUUCAUGGUUAUCACACUCACAGAUAUUGAGGUGGUACACUUGGAGCGUGUUCAGUUCGGCUUGAAGCAGUUCGACAUGGUGGUUGUCUUCAAGGACUUCACGCGGCCUCCUGCUCAUAUUAACACCAUUCCGGUCGAGGCGCUUGAUGGCGUCCGCGACUGGCUCGACUCAGUUGACAUCCCCUUCAGCGAAGGUCCCCUCAACCUGAACUGGGCCACCAUCAUGAAGACGGUCAUUCAGGACCCACAUACAUUCUUCGCUGACGGCGGCUGGAGUUUCCUGGGUACGGAGUCUGAUGACGAGGGUUCCGACGAGGAAGAGGAAGAGUCUGCUUUCGAAGCGUCCUCUGAGGAUCUUGCUUCUGAGUCAAGCGAAGACGAGUCGGAUUUCGAUGAUGAUGCCAGCGCUGAGGCUAGCGAUGAGGACGUCAGUGACGACGAAGAAGGAGAAGACUGGGAUGAAUUAGAGAAGAAGGCCGCCAAGAAGGACCGCGAAGGUGGUCUCGAGGAUGAAGACAGCAGGAAGAAGACCAAACCAAAGAAGCGAUAGAGCAGGAUUGUAAUAAUAUGCGGUGAAUGGCAUUGCUUUGGUUGCUUUCACAGGGAUGGAUCACAAAGUAUAGCGGGCGUUCACUUAAGACUUGAUGCUUUCCUAGUAGCAUGUCCAUGAAAUAGCGUCAGACCAAAUUUAUCAGUUGAUAUGGUUGUCA